GCGUUGCGGCGCGCGGCCGCUUUAUGUUCGUCGGUCCAAUGCUUUAAAAUAAAACCAAAAAUAGGAAAGAAAAGAAAGUAUAGUUUGUGAUGUAAAACAAAAUGUGAGAAGGUUUAACUUUGUGAUAUUAGUUCUGUUGACUUUUGGACACAGCGUGCUACGGACAAUAUUAGUAGUGCCAUCAGCUUAGAUUGAAUGAUGAAUUUUAUAAAGUAUUUAACAGUGUUGGUGAUAUUCUGUUUUGAAGAUGGCGAGUCAGGUGGACACGGAGGAAAACACCAUGAACACCUCAGAAUCCACAUGCCGGAGUUUAUUCAUCACGAUCAUCAUACAAAAGUGAUCACAAUUCAUCACCAUCACCAUAAACCAAAGAAGGAGCAUCAUCAUCACCAUCACCAUCACCACCAUAAGCCUCAUAUUGCCCAUGUUCCACAUUACCAUCAUCAUCACAAGAAACUACAUGUUACUACGAAAACAGUGUCUAAAGGACAUGGACAUCAAAGUCAUCAUGGUCAUCAUGGCCAUCAUGGCCAUCACCACGGGUCCCACAGCCAUCAUGGUCAUCAUGGACAUCAUCACGGUUCUCACGGUCAUCAUGGUCACCACGGACACCAUGGGCAUCAUCACCACGAUCCGGUUACUUACGACGUACCAAGCACAACGUUCGAAGAAGAUUUUGGUUCAUCAUUUACACCAUCAGUACCAACGUACGGAGGUAUUGCUGCUCAAGGUCCACAAUACCACGGUAUCACACCUCAGGUGCAUGGAGUAACACACACAGUGAAACAAGUAAAAGUGUUCGAUUCAUUACCAGGCGCAAUACCAAGUAACAAUAAUCUAGAUCCUUCUCACGGCUAUGAAGUUACGGAAGCAGACGAUGACGAAGACGAAUCGUUCAAUUCUAUAAAUAGUCUACAACAGACAUAUCCAGGAACUUUUUCAUUUGUACGUGGUGUUGAUGCACCGACUCAUGAUCCUUUUACUCAGAUAAGUCCUCAAACUCCUAUUCAGACUCACGAUCCUUUUGCAACUGCACCUGAGCCUACCUCUGCUUUAGGCGACGUAGAAUCUUUUACCGGAGUAGUACAGCAGUCACCUUUUGCAUCGUCAGCUCCUUCUCCGAGCAUUGCUAUACCAGUACCUGUAAGUGUAGAACCAUCUGCUCAAUACCCAGCAACGUAUGGAGAAGAUCAAGCCGGAUUUGAUAGUCCCCAGAACUCUUUUGUCGGUUCCACUGGUGAAACAGCUCUGCUCUCGAAUGACGAAAAUAGCAUCAACGAAGAAACUCCCGUCUCUUUUACAAGGACAGGUGGUAUACAACAAAUAAUUAAGACUGGUGGUGUCGAAACCCUCGUGUACUAAUUUAUUAGCAGUGUAUUAAAACUAUGACGCCAGUAUAUUUAAUUCAAUAAAAAUAUAAAUUUAGAAGAUGAUUGGUUCCUAAUCUUUAGUAUAAUGCUGAACAUUUUAUGUGGUAGAAAAAUACAGAUAUCUGUAUACCUAUAAAUCUUAAUGGAUUAAUUUAAUUUAUAACAGAAAAUAAUAUAAAUUACGUUAUAAUUAGUAUUUAUUUUGUUAAAGUUCAUUACAAAUAUUCGUAAACCUAAGUACCUAUAUUUAUAGAAGAAUUCCGAGACUUGUGAGUAUUAUUAAGUACAAAGUGUUACAAUGUUAACUAAGUAUUAUAUUUAUAAAUAUUUAACAUAAAAUCAUGCCAGUUUUUAUAUUAAGCACUCAGUUCAUUGUUGUUAUUUAAAUAAAUCUUGUUCAUUUGUU